AUGAACCAUUUUAAUCAAAGCUCCUCCAAUAGCUCACCUGCCUUCAACCAAGCGGGAGUAACACCACAAUCAAUUUCUAGAAUUAACUCAUCACCUAUAAGACCACCAAUCCAACCUACUUUAACCACCACUUCCAAUCAAAACUUUCAAAACAUUCCUGUAUCUGCAGUUAACCCUAAUUCUAUUCCUAGCUCAAGAUCCUCACCAUAUCAUCCAAAACCUCAACCACAGAAUCAAAUUAAUGACAAUACACCACCCCUUGUACCAUCUAGUCAAUUUAAUCAACCAUUGAUGAAUGGACCUCCAUCACUUCCUCCAAUGAGCCAGCCAUUAACUCAACAAGGAACACCAACAAGUGCCUACAAUCCUGUAGUAAAUAAACCUGUUGUAAAUUCAAAUAGUGCACUGCCCCUGUUUCCCCCUUCAUCUAUUCCACCUGGACCAUUGACUAGUCAACCAAAUAUUCAGUAUCCUUUGCCACCAUUACCUGUGCCUAUGAGAAACAGUCCUGUAAUACCUGGUCCUUCCAUGAGUGGUCCCCCUAUCUCUAGUGCCCCUAAUAUGGGACCCGGGGGUCCGCCAAGACCAAUUGGAAUUAAUGGACCAAUUGGAAAUGUACCUGGCCAAUCCAUUGGUCCACCAAGGAAUAUAGGACCAAGGGGUGGUCUUGCCUAUGGGCCAACAUCUUUGCCUCCAGUAAGUGGAUUUAUGAAACCACCUUUAGGGCCUCAACUCCAGAAUCAACAACCUAUGGGUCUGCAAAAUAAUGGUCCAAUGGGUCCUGGCCAAACAGUUGGACCUCCUGUGACAGCACAUGCUUAUAGUGGACCAUCUAGUUUACCAACAGGGCAAAUACCACCACAGCCUCAAAGUUUGCCUCAUAUGGGUCAAUCAGCUAAUGCACCUAUUGGCACACAAGGUGGACCAUUCCCUGGGCCACCUAAGUCUAAUAUACAGAGUAGAUACCCACAAAUGGCUGCCAGCAGUUAUGCCAAUCAGCAACCAAUACAAAUGGCCCCUCAAGUGGUUGGCAAACAAUAUCCCUCACCAUAUAGUCCACAAGGAGUAACUCAGCAAAUGGGGCAAUUGAGUGUAACAAAACAAGGUUUCGACCAGCUUUGGGGACACCAAAUGAUAGACCUCCUACAAUGCAGACAAAUACUGCCUGAAUACCCCGAGGAUCCACCAGAGAUAAGGCUUGGUCAUCAGUUUGCUGAUGCACCAAAUUGCAGUCCAGAUAUCUUCCGAUGUACGAUAAACCGCAUACCUGAGAAUAAUUCAUUACUACAGAAGUGCAGAUUACCCUUGGGUAUUCUAAUUCAUCCAUUCAAGGAUCUUAAUCACCUCCCUGUCAUCCAGUGCACGACGAUAGUGCGUUGUCGCGCUUGCCGCACCUACAUAAAUCCAUUUGUUUACUUUGUGGACGCCAAGCGUUGGAAAUGCAACCUUUGUUACCGUGUCAACGAUUUGCCGGAGGAGUUCCAAUACGACCCAGUGAGCAAGUCGUACGGGGAGCCGACCCGCCGUCCGGAGAUCAAGUCCGCCACGAUAGAGUUCAUUGCCCCCGGCGAGUACAUGCUGCGGCCCCCCCAGCCCGCCGUCUACCUGUUCCUCUUCGAUGUGUCCCAGAUCGCCCGCGAUUCUGGAUACCUGCAGGUGGUGUGUGACACACUGAAGGAAAAGCUCGAUGAGCUGCCCGGCGAUUCUCGCACCCAGCUUGGUUUCAUCUGCUACGACGCGCACGUCCAUUACUACCUGAUGGCGGAAGGGCUUACUCACCCCAAGGAGCUGACCGUACUGGAUAUAGAUGAUGUAUUUCUACCUUCGCCCGAGUCUUUGCUGGUGAAUUUGGGCGAAUGCCGAGAUAUGAUCAGAGAACUGUUGACGGUGCUGCCCAAGAGGUAUUCAACACCCGGGGUACCAGUUUCUGCGCUUGGAGCAGCUUUACAGGCUGGGUACAAACUUAUGGCACCAACCGGCGGUAGGAUUACGGUUUUCCAAACUUGCCUACCUAAUAUUGGUCCAGGGGCUUUGCAAUCAAGGGAGGAUCCCAACGCUCGCUCCUCGAAGGAGGUGGCCCACCUGAACCCAGCCAGUGACUUCUACAAGCGGCUGGCCCUGGACUGCAGCGGUGCCCAAGUAGCCGUCGACCUGUUCCUGCUCAGCUCGCAGUACUGCGACCUCGCCACGCUCAGCGGCAUGAGCAAGUUCAGCGCCGGCACGGUGUACCACCUGCCGCUGUUCCGGGCGGCGCGCGGCUGGCAGGCGGAGCAGCUGACGCGCGCGCUCGCCAGAUACCUCACCAGGAAGAUCGGCUUCGAGGCGGUCAUGCGCGUGCGCUGCACGAGGGGUAUCUCCAUCCACACGUUCCACGGCAACUUCUUCGUGAGGUCCACGGACCUGCUCUCCCUGCCCAACGUCUCGCCCGACGCCGGUUUCGGGAUGCAGCUGACGAUAGAGGAGUCCCUCUCCGACCUCCAGCAAGUCUGCUUCCAAGCGGCCCUGUUGUACACGAGCAGUAAAGGGGAAAGGAGAAUACGAGUCCAUACACUCGCGCUGCCCAUAGCGAGCAACCUGACUGACGUAUUGCACUCCGCGGACCAGCAAUGCAUCAUUGGCUUACUAAGUAAAAUGGCGGUGGACCGCUGUGCGUCCGCUUCGAUGUCCGAGGCGCGCGAGGCGCUGAUGAACGUGGCGGUGGACGCGCUCUCCGCGCACAAACUGGCGCAGAACCUGCCGGCGGGGAGCGUCAGCAGCGCACUGCACGCGCCCGCCUCGCUGCGGCUGCUGCCCCUCUACCUGCUGGCUCUGCUCAAGAGGCCUCCGCAACCUCCACGGCCUCCACGGCCUCUACAGCCACCACAGCCCCCCAAACCACCACAGCCCCCCAAACCACCACAGCCCCCCAAACCACCACAGCCCCCACAACCACCUCAGCCUCCUCAGCCACCACAGCCACCGCAGCCCCCGAAACCACCACAGCCCCCAUAUCCAUCUCAACCUCCACAGCCGCCGCAACCACCUCAGCCUCCACAGCCACCACAGGCCCCGAAACCACCACAGCCCCCACAACCACCACAGCCCCCGCAACCACCUCAGCCUCCCCAGCCACCGCAGCCCCCGAAACCUCCACAGCCUCCGCGACCACCACAGCCCCCGCGACCACCACAGCCUCCGCAACCACCACUGCCAUCGCAACCACUACAGCCUCCGCACCCUCCACAGCCCCCGAAGCCUCCACAGAGACCUCAGCCCCUACAACCACCACAGCCUCCUCAGCCUCCACAGCCCCCGAAGCCACCACAGCCAUCACAGCCCCCACAACCACACAGCCCCCACAACCACCACAGCCGCCGCAACUACCAGAACCUUUUAUUUAUUUGGAUAAAUUUA